GGCUGCCGACCGACCGUCUGCGCGAGCGCGAGCGCGAGAGCCUCGCUGCCUCCCAGGAUCCAGGUUCCAGGCACGGCGGCGCCCCUCCUCCGCCCCCACGACUCGUGAUCGACCGAACCGAAUGUUUCUGCUGUACACGGGUCCCUUCACCACCGCGGCUCCUCUGACAGACAGAGACCCCGAUCAGGCCGAUCUCAUUCCCCCCAACACCGCCAAACCCUAACCCCCUCCCCUCUGUUUCAAAUCUACAAAUAGCCAGUGUUACCGUUGCCUCCCCUCCCAAAUGGAUCUCUCCGCCACCCCCACCAAAUCCAAAUCCAAAUCCAAGCCCGGACCCUCCCCGUCCAAGGCCGCCGCCGCCGCCGCCGCCCAGAUGGACUUCUCCACCCCGUCCAAGCCGGCGCCCACGCCCACGCCCCGGCGGAAGUCCAAGCCCGUGCCCUACGCGCCGCCCGCGUCUCCGGCGACGCCCUCCGCCGUCCGCAGGUCGCGCCGCCUCCUCGACACCCCCACCAAGGACCUCUCCGAGGCCGCCCUCUUCGAGACGCCCGCCAAGCCCGCGCCCGCGCCCACCCUCAAGCGGAAGCGGGCCGCGCCGUCGCCGUCGCCCAAGACCCCGGCCCGGGCCGAGCCCAAGCCCAAGCGGCAGCGGCGGGCGCCGGCAAAGCGGGCCUUCUACCGCAAGGUGGUGUACGACGGCGGGGAGUUCGCUGCCGGGGACGACGUGUACGUCAAGCGGCUGGAGGGCGCCGAGUCGGACGCCGAGGACCCCGAGGAGCCGGAGGACUGCCGCGUCUGCUUCCGCGCCGGCGGCGGGGUCAUGGUGGAGUGCGACGCCUGCCUCGGUGGCUUCCACCUGCGCUGCGUGCGCCCGCCGCUGCGCCGCGUGCCGGAGGGGGACUGGGCGUGCCCCUACUGCGAGGCAGAGCGUGCAGGGAAGGUGAUCGACAGGCCCAAGCCGCCUGUCGGGAAGAAGAUCAAGAGGACUGCCAAGGAGAAGCUUCUCGACAGCGAUUUAUGGGCUGCACGCAUUGAGAGUUUAAGGAGGGAGCCAGAUGGAGCAUUCUGGGCAAAGGUGAGGUGGUACACUAUCCCUGAAGAGACCGCAGCAGGAAGGCAGCCACAUAAUUUGCGGAGAGAGCUCUAUCGUACUAAUGCUCUUGGAGACAUUGAGAUGGAAAGUAUCGUUAGACGUUGUUUUGUCAUGAGCCCCAAAGAGUAUAGGGAUGCCACUAAUGACGGAGAUGAUGUAUUUUAUUGUGAAUACGAGUAUGAUGUACAUUGGCAUAAUUUUAAGCGUCUGGCAGAUAUUGAUGAUGAACCUGAGACAAAAGAAGAUCCCAGUGACGAGCCUUACAAUGCUGCUAAUGAUUAUAACAGUGAUACUGAUGAAGAUUCAGAAUACGAUGAGGAGGAUGAACCGGCUGCACGUUGCUCAGCCAGAAAGAACCAAUCUAAUGAGAAAAUUUUGGCUGCUAAUUCAUGGAAAGGGAGGAUAUAUGGCCUGCAAAAGAUUGGGAUCCGAAAAAUACCUGAGCAUGUUCGGUGUCAUCAAAAGACUGCUCUGGAGAAGGCGAAGGCUACCCUGUUAUUGGCUACUCUUCCCAAGUCAUUGCCUUGCAGGGAUAAAGAAAUGGAGGAGAUCUCUACAUUUGUGAAGGAUGCAAUUUGCAAUGACCAUUGUCUAGGACGCUGCCUUUACAUUCAUGGUGUGCCUGGUACUGGCAAGACUAUGAGUGUACUUGCAGUCAUGAGGAAGUUGAGAUCUGAAUUUGAUUCUGGAGCUCUGAGGCCCUAUUGUUUUAUAGAAAUCAAUGGUCUCAAAUUAGCUUCUCCAGAGAACAUCUACAAGCUUGAUCUCCUUUUGACAAGAAAUCAGUCGGUGCUGUAUAACAUUCUUGAUUGGCCCACCAAGCCAAAUUCAAACCUAGUUAUUAUAGGUAUAGCAAAUACAAUGGAUCUUCCAGAAAAACUGUUGCCUCGUAUCUCAAGUAGGAUGGGUAUUCAACGGCUGUGUUUUGGCCCCUAUAAUUAUCGGCAACUGCAGGAAAUCAUAACAAGCCGUCUUAAGGGUAUCAAUGCCUUUGAAGAUCAAGCUAUUGAGUUUGCUUCUAGAAAGGUAGCUGCUAUGUCCGGUGAUGCUAGGCGGGCCUUAGAAAUUUGUAGACGCGCAGCAGAGUUCGCAGACUACCGUGUUAAACAAUUUCAACAGGUUGAACAGACUCCCUCUUCUGCAAAUACAGGAAAUGGUUUUGUUUGCAUGGGUGACAUAGAAGACGCUAUUCAAGAAGUCUUUCAGGCACCACAUAUUCAAGUAAUGAAGAAUUGCCCAAAAUUUGGAAAAGUUAUACUGGCUGCUAUGGUCCACGAAUUAUACAGAAGUGGCCUAGGUGAAGUAUUGUUUGAUAAGCUGGCAGCGACUGUUUUCUCUUGGUGCCACGUCAACAGAGAACUAUUGCCCGGAUACGACACUCUCCUGAAAAUCUGUUGCAAGCUUGGUGAGAGCAAGAUCGUUCUCUGCGAGGAAGGCACCAAACAUAAGUUGCAGAAGCUGCAGCUCAACUACCCAAGCGACGAUGUGACCUUUGCACUCAAGGAGUCCCCAGAUCUUCCUUGGCUGUCCAAGUACCUCUAGAUCUCAUACCGCAGUGGCCAAAUUUCCCAGCGCUCGCAUUGCAUUCCUGCUUCUCUUGGGGAGCAACAGCCCUGUCUACAUGUAUAAAACUUAGAAAAAGAAAAGCGAAAACACCGUUGUUGAUCUCUGGAGCCGAUUGCCGCACCAAUUCCAUAUCGGUCGCCAUGUAAACCAAGAACUCAGCCAUAUAUUGCAUCAGAUGCAUCUUGGUUUCCAUCUCAGGGAAAAAAAAAGAAAAAGUUUCAGUUGUGUGUCGAAGUUGUAAGAUGUGAAAAAACUUGUAUUUCUCGAUUUUCGCCGCAUUUGUGGAACUCGUGUGGGACCGUGCUGUAAUGUUGUCGUUGCACUCUCAUUUGAGCUCAUGCUACUGUCAAUUGUAACAUUAACUUGUUUGUGUGUGUUCACUAAUCAGUUUGUUCAAAA